AUGUAACUGAUAUUUAUCCAUUUUAAAAAAUCACAACUCGAUUUUACCUUUGUUUAUGGAUUUCCUCGUCUCUGCAUAACCCCUAAGGAUGGAUUCAGUUCAAGAUAAGAAAAGAGCUUGAUUAAGUUAUUUUUUAAAAACAAUUAAUUUAUGUAUUAUAUUAUUCUCUUAAUUUUGCUAGCCUUGGUAUUGUAUUACUUUUUGACUUGCAGAUGUUAGUUGGAUUAUGUGGCUAAUGAUCUUAACACUUCAAUCAUUAAUAGAUGCAGUAUUAUUAAAAAAGUAUGCAUAUCCAUUUUAAUCGAAAUAGAAAAUGUUUUACUAUACACCAUAUUUAUUCACAGGAUUGUUAUAAGCUAUUAUUGCUUCUAAAGUUUAAGAUGUGGAUCCUAAACUAAAAUUCGUGAGGGAAUAUGUAGAUUUCGGAAAGGAUUUUGGUUGUUUCGCAUUGGAUUGGGGAAGUUACGAAGGGAAAAUUAGUGAGAAAGAAGCAAAAAUGACAGAAGGUAAGCCUUUGGUCGUUG